AUGUUAUUCUGUGAUAACCAAGCAGCCAUAUACAUUGCUUCAAACCCGGUAUUUCAUGAAAGGACAAAGCACAUAGAGAUUGAUUGUCAUUUGGUAAGAGAGAAGAUUCAAGAAGGAAUGAUUCGUACGGCAUACAUACGAACAAGUGAGCAACCAGCAGACAUCUUCACCAAACCGUUGAAUUCUACACAGUUUGAAACAUUGCUCAGCAAGUUGGGUGUUAUUAACAUACACUCCAACUUGAGGGGGAGUGUUAAAGAAGAUAUCUUGGAUUAUGUGCGCAAACGGCUAUACCUCCUCUCUCAGUCUCUCUCUCCCCAAAACCCACCAAUCAGCCAGAGAGAUCCCAUCUCAGAAGAAAUCGAUCUCUCCGACAUAGCAAGGAAGCUCGACCUCGACGACUCCAAGGACGUCAUCCGGUUCGACUCCUCCAUAAUCGGCGUCGGUGAGGUUUGCAGAGCUGUGAUUUGCUUAGAAAUCGCCGCCACAACAUCCCGGCUUCUAUUCGAUAGGAAAAAGGCGAUAACGUUGAGUGGGAUGUCUGAAAAGGCUUACACCAGAUGCUACAAUUCGAUGCAGAACGGUCGUGGUCAAGUGGGUUUUCGAUUUCUCAUUUGGUUCUUCUGAUUUCGACGUCAUUUUUCGGUUUUGUGGAUACUGAUUACUGGAUUGGAUUGUGUGUUGUGGUGGUGGUGUAGGAACAAGCUGGAUGUUUGAGAACUGGCAAUUCAGUUUGGGUGUGUUCGGAUCAUCCCUUUGUACAGAAGGCCUUGUCUCUUUACAAGACUUGGUUUCUUGCAUCGUUGCCAGCUUCUCAGCGGGCAAGUACGGAUUUCACUCAUCCCGUGUUCAUUGCUGUGGCAUUCUAUUUGUGUGCGAAAAAACACAAGGUAUUCCCAUGAUUCAUCUCUCUCGCUUGAUUUCAUGGGAAGAAAGGGAUUUCCUCCGUAAG